AUGGGGACUGGUCAGCCUUCUUACUUCCUUCCAUAUGCUGACGUUGUUGCUUUUAUCCCUGAAGUGGGACCAAUAGAAAAAGAUCUACUGUAUGAAUGUCUUUACCUGGGAGAAGAUGCAAAUAGUAAACUGGAAUUCUAUAAGAAGCAGAUUUUGAAGAAUAAGCGACAGCACUAUGACAUAGUAAUCCCUUAUCUUCUGAAUGGUGAACAGUGGAAACCAAUGAAGAUUUUUUAUUCACAGACUUACCCAGCAAUGCUGAAAUUUCUAAUACAAGCUGAAAGCCAGCAACUUGUCAUCAGUCUGGAGAGAAAUGAUGGCCUCUUUGCUGGUAACUUCACGGAAACCCACUAUUUGGAAGAUGGUACCAGGGCUGUUCUCAUGCGUAAUUACACGGAUCACUGCUACUACCAUGGUCACGUGCAAGGUUAUGCUGAGUCUGCAGUCAGUUUGAGUACAUGUUCUGGACUCAGGGGAUAUAUUUUAUUUGAAGAUAAAGCCUAUAUAUUGGAGCCAUUGGAAGGUGCUACAAAUGAACACAUAAUUUACACAACAGAGAACCUAAAACUAGCCCUGGGUUCUUGUGGUCAUCAUCUCAACAUCUCAGGUAUCACGCAGGGAGAUUCUGCACAGUCUACUCAGAUGUUUAUUAGCAGGCACAAGAGGGAAGCCCUGAAAUCCACCAAGUAUGUGGAACUUCUUAUUGUGGCUGAUAACCGAGAGUUUCAGAGACAGGGCAAGGAUGUGGAGAAAGUGAAGCAGCGGCUGAUAGAAAUUGCAAACUAUGUUGAUAAGUUCUACAGGCCACUAAACAUUCGAAUAGCCCUGGUUGGUGUGGAAAUCUGGAACGACAUGGAUAAGUGCACAAUAACCCAAGACCCCUUCACCAGCCUACAUGAGUUCCUGGACUGGCGAAAGCUGAAAUUACUACCUCGUAAACCACAUGACAAUGCACAGCUAGUGAGUGGAGUAUAUUUCCAAGGUACUACCAUUGGCAUGGCACCCAUCAUGAGCAUGUGUACCGCUGAGCAGUCUGGGGGAAUUGUUAUGGAUCAUUCAGACACCCCUUUGGGAGCAGCAGUAACUCUGGCUCAUGAGCUGGGCCACAAUUUUGGAAUGAACCACGAUACACUGGAAAGGGGGUGCAACUGCAAGGCACCUCCUGACAAAGGAGGCUGCAUCAUGAACCCCUCGACUGGCUAUCCAUUUCCCAUGGUUUUUAGCAGUUGCAGCAAGAAAGACCUGGAAAACAGUUUGGAAAAAGGAGUGGGGAUGUGUCUCUUCAACCUGCCAGAAGCUAAGGAAUCGUUUGGUGGCCCAAAGUGUGGGAAUGGUUAUGUAGAAGAAGGAGAGGAAUGUGACUGUGGGGAACCUGAGGAAUGCACAAACCAUUGCUGCAAUGCUACUACCUGCACUUUAAGGCCAGAAGCAGUGUGUGCCCAUGGGCUUUGCUGCGAAGACUGCAAGCUGAAGCCGGCAGGGAUCCUCUGCAGGCACUCCAGUAAUUCCUGUGACCUUCCUGAGUUCUGCACUGGAGGCAGCCCUCACUGCCCAGCUAAUGUGUAUUUACACGAUGGACACCCGUGCUACAAGGUGGACAGCUACUGUUACAAUGGCAUGUGCCAGACCCAUGAACAGCAAUGCAUCAUACUCUGGGGGCAAGGUGCCAAGCCUGCCCCUGGGAUAUGCUUUGAAAGAGUCAAUUCCGCAGGCGAUCCAUAUGGAAACUGUGGCAAGGAUUCCAAAACUUCUUUUGCCAAGUGUGAAGUCAGAGAUGCUAAGUGUGGAAAAAUUCAGUGUCAAGGGGGAGCAAAUCGGCCUGUAAUUGGUACCAAUGCUGUCUCCAUAGAAACAAACAUCCCAUUACAAGGAGGAGGUAAAAUUCUGUGCCGCGGAACCCACGUCUACUUGGGGGAUGAUAUGCCCGACCCUGGUCUUGUCCUGGCUGGAACAAAGUGUGAGGAUGGAAAAAUUUGCCUCAAUCGCCGCUGCCAAAAUACCAGCGUAUUUGGUGUUCAUGAAUGUGCAACAAAAUGUCACGGACGUGGAGUCUGCAACAAUAAGAAAAAUUGCCACUGUGAAGCCCAUUGGGCUCCUCCCUUUUGUGACAAGGCUGGAUUUGGGGGCAGCCUCGACAGCGGCCCAGUCAGACAAUCUGAUAACAGAAGUUUGAUCAUUGGGCUCCUCAUUACCACCCUGUGCCUUCUAGCUGCUGGGUUACUUAUGUACAUCAAACGAAAAAUCUUAAUUAGAUUGUUCCUUAUAAAUAAGAAGAGUACAAUAGAGAAACUGAGGUCUGUGAGUCCAGCAAGGCCUUCCAGCACAUUUGAAUCCAAUCAUGUUCAUACCACAACUCUCAAUAAAAAUCUAGCCAAAAAGCCACAAAAUUUAAACACAUCUAAGAGGAAUGAUUCACAAAGAUUGCUGCGGUAUCAGCGAAGUGACAUUAGUAACCCUGUGAAGGCACGGUCAAACCCACCAGAGCGUAUCUUGCCACCCCUUUGUGACCUAUCCUGUAAGCAGUCUGCACCCACAAAGAUGCUACCAGCCAACCCUUUCCCCAGGCAUAAUGAGGAAUCUUGUAAGCCAAGUCCGCCUCAAAAACCUUUGCCAGCUGAUCCUCAGAACAAGGCUACCCGGCCGAACGGUGAUUCCAGAACGGUGCUUGGGCCUCAGAUUGCGCCAGUCAGGACUGCACCUAAACAUCCGCUUCCUGUGCCUAGAUCCUGCAAUGUUGCCUAUCGGAAAUGA